AGCUCACAGCUGUUGAAAAUUGAAAUUCGUAUUUUAUAAUGUAAACGGUUUCGUAGUUGUAAAAUACAUAGUUUCAAACUUUGAAGUUUAAUUUUUAAAUGUAAAUUAUAUUUCUAUACAUCAAGGAACACUGCACAAAAGUAUUAAGACAACUUAAUAAUGUUGAAAUCAUUUAUUUUUGUAUGUUUAAUUCUUGGUGCACAACAAUGUUCCGCUCAAAUGGGACCAGAUCCUUGGGAUGAAGUAAAUAACCAGAUAAACAUAAAUGAAGACAAUCUUCCUCCAGAUCUAAGAUUGCCGAAAAAGGUAAUAAAAAUUAAAACGGAAUCUAACCAAGGAAUGAGUGAUUGGUUUUACAAACGUCUGUUGACAAUAAUCCUGAAAAGCGGGCAAAAGAAGGAAAAUGACGACAGUACAAUUGAUAUAUCUUUACAAAUGAAAUAUAGCCAAGAGCAAUUGAAUGUUCUUGAUGAGUACAUAACAUCAAGUAAUGCUAUUUCAGAAGAAAUGUUCCGGAGAUCAAUUGCAUAUGUAGAGGAAUCUAUAUACAAACCUUCAAUAACUGAAAAAAUUGCAAUGGCCUGGAGUGAAUAUGUUUACACAUAUUUAGUAGAGUAUAAGGAUUAUCUCACAUGGGGUUUCAGUAUUCUUGCAUGUGUAGCAAGUACAUUUUGGUUGUGGCGGUACAUAUCCUACAGACACAUAUUAAUUUGUCUAGCUGUAGCACUGUACCUAUAUGAAGCUUUCAUUUCCUAUAAAGAAGCAGAAAAAGAAGAAGUAACAAGGUUUUUAUCAGCUGUAAAUGCAUGCAAAUGGUACUUUUGGACGUCAAACUGUGAAGUUACACCACCAGACCCACUUAUAAUGUUGAAACAUAUGAAUCCUUUGAAAAUAGGCAUCAGAAUGUUUACAACCAUUAUAUCUGAACCCAUGAUUACGAUUAGUGCCACUGUGAACACUAUGCUUAAUGGGAUCACAGCUGAUCUAAUGUACCCAUUCAACAAGAUUGUACAAGGAAUUCUCCUUCUAGUUUUUAAUGCCCUACUCAUAAUGUUGCUAGUUAGUAUUAUUUUCAACUUCAUACUGAACAUACCAUUUCAACUAAACUUCUUUAACAUAUUGAGUAUUGUGUUACCCAAGCGCUACAGGACUGUUGAAACACCCGUGGAAAGAAAUCCAACUAUAGAAGGCGAUAGAAUAAGUGGCGAAACAUUAAAUAGGUUUUUGGAUUUGUGUAACAAAGCCUUAAUUGCCACACAAUCAAAUAGUACACAUAGUCAUAAUUUGGCCAUUACAAACCCAGGGCAUAGCUCUAUACGAAGAUCGGCCAGUACUGGCAGAUUGCAAAGCUUACCUUCAAAUAUAAAUAAUAACAGUAACGCUAAGAAUAAUGAAAGUCUCUCUAAAAAAACAAGACAUAAUGGAAGUGGUGAUGCAUGAUAUGCUUCAUUGUAAAAUUGUUUUCUACAAGUGUCUUGAAAAAAUUGUGUGUAAAAAUUAUUCAAAAAAUAAGAAUGGUGCUUCUUAUAUUUGACUAGGUACCUACUGCUAUUUACAUCACUACA